GUCCACUUCGUGCGGCGCCAUGGGCGACGGCGGCGGGGCGGAGGAUGUCUCUUCAGAUCCUGUUGAAAACGGAUUGCAGCCGUGUGAGGAACCUCUCCUCAGAAAGAGUUCUCGGCGAUUUGUCAUCUUCCCGAUCCAGUACCCUGAAAUCUGGAAAAUGUAUAAACAAGCACAGGCAUCUUUCUGGACGGCCGAAGAGGUUGACUUGUCAAAGGAUCUACCUCACUGGAACAAGCUAAAAUCAGAAGAGAAAUAUUUUAUCUCUCAUAUCUUGGCAUUUUUUGCAGCGAGCGACGGAAUUGUAAAUGAAAAUUUGGUGGAACGCUUUAGUCAGGAGGUACAAGUUCCAGAAGCUCGCUGCUUUUACGGCUUCCAGAUUCUUAUCGAGAACGUUCACUCAGAAAUGUACAGUUUGCUGAUAGAUACUUAUAUCAAAGAUCCCCAGAAAAGAGAAUUCUUAUUCAACGCAAUUGAAACAAUGCCCUAUGUCAAGAAGAAAGCAGAUUGGUCUCUCCGAUGGAUUGCGGACAGGCAAUCCACUUUUGGGGAAAGAGUGGUUGCCUUUGCGGCUGUGGAAGGAAUCUUCUUUUCCGGAUCCUUUGCUGCCAUAUUUUGGCUGAAGAAGAGGGGUCUUAUGCCUGGAUUAACUUUCUCUAAUGAACUCAUAAGCCGAGACGAGGGCCUUCACUGUGAUUUUGCUUGCCUGAUGUUUCAGUACUUAGUGAAGAAACCUGCGGAAGACAAGGUCAAGGAGAUCAUUAUGGAUGCCGUUGAAAUUGAGCAGGAAUUUUUAACAGAAGCUUUACCAGUUGGUCUCAUUGGAAUGAAUUGCACUUUGAUGAAACAGUACAUUGAAUUUGUGGCCGAUCGACUACUUGUGGAACUUGGAUUCUCGAAGGUCUUUCAGUCCGACAACCCUUUUGACUUCAUGGAGAAUAUUUCUUUAGAAGGGAAGACAAAUUUCUUUGAGAAACGAGUCUCCGAGUAUCAGCGUUUCGCGGUAAUGUCAGAAACAACAGACAAUGUCUUCACCUUGGAUGCAGAUUUUUGAAGCACUUCUUUAAAUGCCCCAUUGUCGAAACUGUCAGUGACAUUCUGUUUUUAGAGUUCUGUCUUUUUUUUUUUUUUCUCCCCACGGGGAGCUUUACUGCCCGUCUUUUGUGAGAGCGGAAAAAACCCGGUUAUCUGAAAAAAAAGGUGGCAGAGUCAUACAUGCACGGUGGUUCCUGUGGGCCUCCAGAGUCCUGCACAUGCCUCACAAACAGCAAGGCACUGUAUUCCCUGGAGGCUGAGGUCAUCUGGCAGAGCACUAAAAAGAGAGGAAACCGUAAGAGAAUCCCAAUAAAUGUAGAAGUUGACAGACCUGAUGACGUAUUUAAAGCCUACCAUACAUUUACCGAUUUCAUGUCAAAGGCAACACGUGUGUUUCAGUUGGAUGCCUUUUUUUUUUUUCAAGUAUGUCUCUUUGACUAACUUUUUGAGGUCUCAUUCGUGGCAACCUGGGGCGACGCUCAGGUAAGGCACUGUUACCGGUAAUGGUUGCAAGAGUGUAUUUCAGAAUAAGUGGAACGGCAGAUUGUCUCAGGUCAAGUUCAUACCAGUUUUGAGAGGCAGCUGAAGUGAACCCUCCAUGACUCCUUGCCAGCCCUUGUCCUGAAAGUGUAUCCAGCUGUAAAUCUUAGAAGACUGAAGCUAGGAAAAUCCUCCAACUGCAGGUACAAUUCAUAGCUGCACUCAAAAGGCAGAAACGUGGCUCUUCUACCAUCUAUUUUCUACGUCUCCACUACUGUACUUGUGGCGAUUGUGCUCCCAAAUUAAGCCUGUUAAACCCUUACUCUGCCCAUCACUCAGUUGAGGGAGCAUUCACCUAGAGGGAAAGACUAUCUUCUGCACUGGCUGUUACUUAAAGACAAGUGUUCUGCAAUAAGAAUAAUUUAUUCAUUGGUUUUAAAAAUCCAAGACAGAAAGUUUUGAGGUGUUCCUAUACUUUCUGUUGAACCCCAAAUUUUCUCAUGUAUUGGUCAGUGCCUUAGUAUGAAACAUAUUUAUAGUAGUAUUGGGGAAAUGGUCUAAUAGUGAGAUUCUUAUUUUUAAUAUGUUGGCAUAUUAUUUUUGACCUUAGAAGGUCAUGAAGUACAUCCCUCUGCCUCCAGGCAGGACUGCAUUUUAAUGUAUAACAUAAGUAGAUGAAAAUCCCUGUUACCGUGUAGAAACCAACCAAAGCUUGGCUUGACAGCAAUUUUUAUUUUUAAUUCUAAACUUCGUACUUUGAUAUCUUUGAGGUUUCCUUUACCAUUACCAUCUUUCCCUCUUCUUUUCAGUGAAAGCAGGUGAAGAAUCUGUAUAAAUGUGUUCAGUAGAGAAGCAGCGAAUUGGGAGCACUUAGCACUUUGUGAGUCUAUCUGAUAAUAUCGGCUUCUCUCCCCUCAAUACUUUCUGCUGCCCAUGGUCUUGCCAUAUACGAGGUACUUGACUUCUGAUGACUUAGAAAAGUGCUAAGGGAGAAAGGACGUAGCCGCGUACUCCAUAUCGCCCAGUCUGUAUCCCAGCCAGAUUGCUAAUGCUGCUACCCAAUGAACGUCGCUUGCCCAUUGGGGAAUGGAGUGAUAAUUGUUUUAGAAAUCCCUAUCCUUCUGGUCCUCUUUUUCUCUGGGCUAAAUCAGAUAAGAGAAUAUGGAGUGGGAAUCAGCUCCCCUUAUUUCACCAGGUUUUUCGCUGUUCUCCUUGACUGGUUCGAUAAUUGCUUACGGGAGUCGGAAAAUCUGAAACUGCUGAGGCCCUAGUUGGCCUGGGGAGAGGACUUCAGCCCUCUGAUCUCUCAACUGGAUUAUUUUUUUCUUAAAAGGAAAACGUAGACUCAACUGGAGCAAAAUCCCAUAUGCUUGAGCUGUUAAAGGAAGGAAGAAUUCUUAAACUUUUAAGAUUUAUUUAAUGCGGAAGUGUUAACUUAUGUAUGUACCUUUUGCUCAUGUGUUGACAACUCGUUUGAUUUUUCUGGUUGAUGUACAUAAUGAGCCAAGGAGAUUUAUUGACCCACUGGGUUCCAAACACUGUACUGGAUGCUGUAUACUUAAACCACGGUUUUUUGCAGGACAUAAACUUUGGUAAUCAGGCUGUAUCUGUGUAAAAUUCGUAUUUUCAAAGAAGGGAAGGGAAUUUUUUGGUUUUGAUUUCUUUUUCAUUACAAAAUUUAAUGUAAUUGAAAUAAAAACCCAGAGAAAUCUCA